GGCGUAGCCUCGGGCGGGCCCCCGCCCCCGCGCUGCCGGGCCAGCGAGGCCGCCGCGGCGUUCCGGGCGCCGCCGCAUUGACCGCUGCGGUGCGGGAGGCGCGGUCGGUGCAGCCUCGGGGCUGCGGGCGCUCGCUCAGCCCUCGGCCCGCUUGCCCAUGGCCCUGGCCCUUUGGCCCUGGCGCUCUACCCCGCACGUAAUCCCAGCCGCUGGCCUCCGGCAGCCCAGCCUGCCAGCCGCGCGAUGCUGAAUGGCCCAGGCCUGAGCCAGGCUUUUAAGAUGUCGUUGCCGCGGAGGGCGAGGAUCGGCGCGUCCGUGGGACCCGUUCGUUCUUCUGCGGGCUACAAGAAGGCAGAGGAUGAGAUGUCCCGGGCCACGUCUGUUGGAGACCAGCUAGAGGCACCGGCCCGCAUAAUUUACCUCAACCAAUCUCCUCUCAACAAAUUCUGCGACAACCAGAUCAGUACGGCCAAGUACAGCGUGUUGACGUUUCUACCUCGAUUCUUGUAUGAGCAGAUUAGGAGAGCUGCUAAUGCCUUCUUCCUCUUCAUUGCCUUAUUACAGCAAAUUCCAGACGUAUCGCCAACAGGACGAUACACCACCCUGGUGCCAUUGAUCAUCAUUUUAACAAUUGCAGGCAUCAAAGAGAUUGUAGAAGAUUAUAAACGACAUAAGGCAGACAAUGCAGUUAACAAGAAGAAAACAAUAGUGUUGAGAAAUGGUAUGUGGCACACCAUCGUGUGGAAAGAGGUGGCAGUGGGAGACAUCGUGAAGGUCCUCAAUGGGCAGUAUCUUCCAGCAGACAUGGUCCUGUUCUCCUCCAGUGAGCCUCAGGGGAUGUGCUAUGUUGAAACCGCUAACCUGGAUGGGGAGACGAACCUUAAAAUACGACAGGGCUUGAGCCACACGACCGACAUGCAGACAAGGGAAGUGCUGAUGAAGCUGUCGGGAAGGAUAGAGUGUGAAGGGCCCAAUCGCCACCUCUACGACUUCACUGGCAACUUGCACUUGGAUGGGAAGAGCUCCGUGGCCCUCGGGCCUGAGCAGCUCUUGCUGAGAGGCACGCAGCUCAGGAACACCCAGUGGGUCUUUGGCGUUGUUGUAUACACCGGACACGACAGCAAACUCAUGCAGAAUUCAACAAAAGCGCCUCUCAAGAGGUCGAACGUUGAGAAGGUAACCAAUGUACAGAUCCUGGUGCUGUUUGGCAUCCUCUUGGUUAUGGCGCUGGUGAGCUCAGUGGGGGCCCUGUUUUGGAAUGGAUCUCAUGGCGGAAAGAGUUGGUACAUCAAGAAGAUGGAAACGAGCUCAGAUAAUUUUGGCUACAACCUGCUGACGUUUAUCAUCUUGUACAACAAUCUGAUUCCCAUCAGCCUGCUGGUGACACUGGAGGUUGUGAAGUACACGCAAGCCCUCUUCAUAAACUGGGACACAGAUAUGUAUUAUAUGGAAAAUGACACUCCUGCAAUGGCCAGGACAUCAAACCUUAAUGAAGAGCUUGGGCAGGUGAAAUACCUGUUUUCUGACAAGACUGGAACCCUUACAUGUAAUAUUAUGAACUUCAAGAAGUGUAGCAUUGCUGGCGUAACCUAUGGCCACUUCCCGGAACUAGCCCGAGAGCCAUCCUCAGAUGACUUCUGCCGGAUAGCUCCUUGCCCCAGUGAUUCAUGUGACUUUAAUGACCCCAGGCUGUUAAAGAACAUUGAGGAUCAGCAUCCCACAGCCCCUUGCAUACAAGAGUUCCUUACCCUGCUGGCUGUGUGCCACACCGUGGUCCCUGAGAAAGACGGAGACGAAAUCAUCUACCAGGCUUCCUCCCCAGAUGAAGCUGCUUUGGUCAAAGGCGCUAAGAAGCUUGGCUUCGUGUUUACCGGCAGGACGCCAUACUCGGUCAUCAUCGAGGCGAUGGGACAAGAACAGACGUUUGGAAUCCUCAAUGUCCUGGAAUUUUCUAGUGACAGAAAAAGAAUGUCCGUCAUUGUUCGAACACCAUCAGGACAACUCCGACUCUACUGCAAGGGAGCUGAUAAUGUAAUCUUUGAAAGACUUUCUAAAGACUCAAAGUACAUGGAGGAGACGUUGUGCCAUCUGGAAUAUUUUGCCACCGAAGGCCUGCGGACUCUGUGUGUGGCCUAUGCAGACCUCUCUGAGAAUGAGUAUGAGGAGUGGCUGAAGGUCUACCAAGAGGCCAGCAUGAUACUGAAGGACAGAGCCCAGAGGCUGGAGGAAUGCUACGAGAGCAUUGAGAAGAAUUUACUGUUACUUGGAGCUACAGCCAUCGAAGAUCGUCUUCAAGCAGGGGUUCCAGAAACCAUAGCUACUCUGUUGAAGGCAGAAAUCAAGAUAUGGGUGUUAACAGGAGACAAACAAGAAACGGCAAUUAACAUCGGCUAUUCCUGUCGGCUGGUGUCACAGAACAUGGCCCUUAUCCUGCUGAAGGAGGACUCUUUAGAUGCAACAAGGGCAGCCAUCACUCAGCACUGCACAGACCUUGGGGAUUUGCUGGGCAAAGAGAAUGACGUCGCCCUCAUCAUUGACGGCCACACCCUGAAGUAUGCACUCUCCUUUGAAGUCCGCAGAAGUUUCCUGGAUCUGGCGCUCUCGUGCAAAGCAGUCAUCUGCUGCAGAGUAUCUCCACUGCAGAAGUCUGAGAUCGUGGACGUUGUGAAGAAGCGGGUGAAGGCCAUCACCCUGGCCAUCGGAGACGGUGCCAACGACGUGGGCAUGAUCCAGACAGCCCACGUGGGGGUCGGGAUCAGCGGGAACGAGGGCAUGCAGGCCACCAACAACUCAGAUUACGCCAUCGCACAGUUUUCCUACUUGGAGAAGCUGCUUUUGGUUCACGGAGCCUGGAGCUAUAAUCGGGUGACCAAGUGCAUCCUCUACUGUUUCUACAAGAAUGUGGUCCUCUACAUCAUUGAGCUUUGGUUCGCCUUUGUUAAUGGAUUUUCUGGGCAGAUUUUGUUUGAGCGCUGGUGCAUCGGCUUGUACAAUGUGAUCUUCACCGCCUUGCCGCCCUUCACUCUUGGAAUCUUCGAGAGGUCCUGUACUCAGGAGAGCAUGCUCAGAUUUCCACAGCUCUACAAGAUCACCCAGAAUGCAGAAGGCUUCAACACCAAGGUUUUCUGGGGUCACUGCAUCAAUGCGUUGGUCCACUCCCUCAUCCUCUUCUGGCUUCCCAUGAAAGCAUUGGAGCACGAUACUCCACUAGCAAGUGGUCAAGCCACAGACUACUUGUUUGUUGGAAAUAUUGUUUACACGUACGUUGUGGUUACAGUUUGUCUGAAAGCUGGUUUGGAGACAACAGCUUGGACUAAAUUCAGUCACCUGGCCGUGUGGGGAAGCAUGCUGAUCUGGCUGGUGUUCUUUGGUGUCUACUCAACCAUCUGGCCGACCAUCCCCAUCGCUCCUGACAUGAAAGGGCAGGCAACCAUGGUCCUGAGCUCUUCGUACUUCUGGUUGGGAUUGUUCCUGGUUCCGACGGCAUGUUUGAUCGAAGAUGUGAUGUGGAGAGCGGCCAAGCACACCUGCAAAAAGACGCUGCUGGAAGAAGUGCAGGAGCUGGAGACCAAGUCCCGAGUGAUGGGGAAAGCGAUGCUGCGAGACAGUAAUGGAAAGAGGUUGAAUGAGCGCGACCGUCUGAUCAAGAGGCUGAGCAGGAAGACACCCCCAACUCUCUUCCGUGCAGGCUCCAUCCAGCAGUGUGUCACCCAUGGGUAUGCCUUUUCUCAAGAAGAACAUGGAGCUGUCACACAGGAGGAAAUAGUCCGUUCUUACGACACCACCAAAAAGAAGUCGAGGAAGAAAUAAGAGGCUUUUUGUUUUUCCCCUGAUGGCUCCAAGGAAAGAGAUUCGGUUUGUUGCACGCAGCGUUAACAGUUUAGUCAGAAAAGACUGGCACCAGCAGCCCAACAUCGGAAGACACAUUUCUGUGGCCUUAGUCGACCAGUUUGUUAGCAGCUGUCUGUCCCCUUGCAGUCCCAGGGUAUAGGGGUCAGGGGAAGCCAUUCUCCUCCCGGCUUGUCUGCAGCGCUUGGCCCGACUUCUGUUUACGUCGUUAUGAAGCAUUCAGCUGGGCUCUGUGAGGUGUGAAAUUAAAAACUAUGUUUCACCAAUGCUUACACAUCAAUACUAGUGGUUCUGGGAGAGAGGAAAGGGCAUUCAUUACAUUACUAGAGACCAGUCCUGUGUAAUUGGAACAGGGUACACUUACUUCCUGUUUGGUUCGUGCACAGAUCAUACACGCCCAGAUUUCUGCAGAUUGCUCACUCACUCUGAUUCCUGGUUUGUUUGUCUGAAGUUGGCAUAAACUUCUUGAUUGCAGUGAAAUCAGGAAAACAUACGGUUGAGGGAUAAACCUGAGAAAGUUUCAUUGGCUCUUUCAGCCACAGCCUCAGCAAGGCAACCAGCCAGUGUCCCAUGCCUUCUGCACCUAUUUUAGGUCCAGACCUUCAGUCUUACCACUGCAACCCUGUGCUCUUGACCUCAAAGCUGUACAGCUGGCCCCUGGGUGUGGUGCGUCACCGCUCCGAGCCACACAUCCAAGCUCUGUGUGUCUUUGUUUCUCUGUACAUUCAGAUAAGGAUGUCAGAAAUCUCUAGCCUAGUCCCACCCUACCCCUGUCCUGCCUCCUGCUGCCCUGUAACUCCAAACUGAGGAGAAGCAGCUAUCCCAUAACCAGCCUGGAUACUUCGCUGUCUGCUUCCGAUGGGACCCUGUGGGUGAGGGCAGCAGACUGUACACCACUUCCAAGCUAGGCCUCUAGCAACCUCUCAGAACCGACACCUGCUUCCUGGAAGCUCAGGACACUUUAGACCUUCUGCUGUUUGGAGGUGAGCUUAUAACGGCGUCUGAGCACUGAAGGAACAGAGCUGCCAACUGUAAUUCUAGAAUCAGGGUGACCCAGAAGGAUAGCAUGGGGCAGAGAGAGGUAGGGAAGGGGACCCCAGAUCUCCCUGGAAAGUGACAAAGGACAUGAGACUCAGGAGGCAGACAUAGAGGACAUUUUCAUCAGCUCUCCAUGGAAGUUCUGAAGUCCUACUCUUGACAGACAGUUGUGAUCAGCCCACGUACACCAAAGCAGAAACCAGACCUUUUCCCACAGAGGUUUUUUUUGUUUUGUUUAUUUUCUUGAGACCAAGUCUUACAUGCUAUGCCAGUCUAGCUUUGAACACACCUGCUAGUCCAGGCAAGCCUCAAACUCUCAACAAUUCCUCAGACUCCUACAGAUGGUUUCCUUUCUGUAUCCCACAAAUUUUAGACCCAAGGGCCUCUCUUCAGCGGUGGCUUGGGUUCUAAAUGAAGAAAGGGAAUGCCGGUUUUCAGCUUUGAGCACUGUAGAACCCCACUCUGAGUUAGAACAGAACCUCGGUGCUCCAAGGCUGCAUGUGAGAACUGAGGGAGGGGGGCUCCCCAAAAAUGCAGGCCCACUAGCAUCCUUUCUUCCCUUUACUUUGGCUGCCAAACUCCGAAAGCCCAGAUUUUGGAUGGCACCUGUUCCUGGGUAACGUGGUAUCAUACCACUGGGGAUGCUGCACUAGCUUAGAAACAAAGCAGCAGCAGCAGUGGGAUGGCUGAGCAGCCCAAGGUGCUGCCCUCAGGAAAAGAAGUGACACCGUGCUUUGCUUCCUAACCCUUUACCUUUGGAAUAUCGGAGGCCAGUGGGCACUGGAAAAGCGUGGAUAUGAUUUACACUGAGUAAGAGGACUGAUUCCCACUUAGGAAGUAACCAGGAUACUGAGAAGACUUGAAAGGAGGAAAGGUGAAGCAAUUAACUACAAUCUUGGAAGUGACCUCCCUUUGCUCCCUGAGGCAAGUAAAAAAAAAAAGUCUUGUGUGCCCAGCAAGCUGAAUCCCAACAGUGUGUACAACACAGGAGAAACAGCAGAAAGUGCCUCAGACCAGGGGGCCAGCCAUGGUUUACCUCUGUUGGUAUUGCACCCCCACAGAGGUGGGGGCAGAACGGUGGAGGGAAGGGGAAACCAACUGAAUGUGCCCUGGGAUCUCCACUGCUCAUCUUUCUGUCUGUCUUUCUGUCUUUCUUUUUUUCAACUUUAAAGUCUGAAUUUAUUUGGAGAGAAAACAACCCUCAAUCUAAAGUUUGGGAUUUGAUAUCCCAGGACAUCUCCCAAGGAAUAUCUAUAGAUUACAGAUCAUUUCAUAGGAAAAAUAUUUUUGCACAAAUUUUACAUGUGUUCAGAAGUGAGGCCUAAGUCAAUCCCUGCUUUUAUUUUAACAGAGAGCAGGACACAACAGCUUUCUUUUGGAAGGGAAAUAGCCAUGAAGAGGGCAAACUACCUCUUCACUGUCUACAACCAAUGGUUUUUUAAAAACCCAUUCUGUAGGUCGCUUUCUAGCUACGAGCCAAUCAAGUCUACCGGAUAAGUGGCUGCUAUGCCCACUCUGAGCACGCUGAACCAGCGCUUGCACACGAAGACCCAGGCAUUAUUUGUCUGCAGGUGCCCCGGCUUCCUGCAGCAGGGGAACUUGCCGUCUUUGGAGAUGACCCUACAAAGCUGCAUAUCAAAGCAGACAGGUCAAGCCCCUGUACUGCAAGAGAAACCAGGACCUUGUUCAACACUUCCUGGCAUUAUCGUUUAUUCUUAAGGGGAGUUAAGAAACCAGUCCUCCUAAGCAGAAAACCGUGCAGUCUGAGAUACCUUGUGAACCCAAGCACCGAUGUGGGCUCUGGUGAAGGAAAGACAGAAACCACCCCAACUGAAGGCCAAACUGUUCUCCAAGGGGGUGAAAGCAACAGGAGCAGGCAGGCGGGGGCAGGAGAGCUGGAGCACUUGAGAAAAGCAGCGGUUCCUCGGGACUUUCCGGUGCCUAACAUAGAUAUCUUUGAGAACGGGUGUGUGACUUACAGAGCCUACUUUUGGGAGGCUGACAGCAUCAUCAAGAACAUGAGAUGGCCAGAGUGACAAGGCUUUGAAAAACUGUGGGUAUAUUUUAAAGUUUAGAAAGGACAGUGUGGAGAAGGGGCAAAGCCAGGAUGCACAAGACUAGUUUGAUUUGCUCUGGAAUGUUCCAGGGCGGAGUGACUAGGAGAGGGCACGAGGUGUGGAUGGAGGUCUGCUUGGUACAGCUGUGUCCUUCAUUCCCGUCUUCACCAUCCACGAGAGAGCUGCCUACUUGCUUGUAGAACUGACCUUGGAGGCUGUGUCCUCCUUGGGUUUCUCUGGCUCAGGUGCUGAUCUGGAGUGAUGACCCUUUUUGCCGUCUUCCUGUCCAACUCCUUCCAGUAGUCUUUGUUCCCUCCUUCUCCAGGACCAGCUAGAGUUCCCACUUUGGCCUUUGGGGACACUCGCCUUAUCUAUCUUGUUUUCUUCUUUCCUUUCUAAUCUUUCCUUAGAUUCUUUCCUUAGGGCUGAGCAGGAGCUACUUUCCCUCCAUCCCUUGUAGAGGACUGCUGCUCUGUGUCUGAGCACUGCGAUCCAGCAGGAGGGUCAGAGAUCGCUGCCCCCACAUGUUCUCCUUUGGUGGAAGGGCUGGCGUUACCUUUAGAGGCUGAUCAGGUUUAGGAGAGGUUGGAGAGUGACAAUCGUCUUCUUUGUUAGUGUUUCAUUUUCUAGAGACCUCUCGCUUCUUGCCUUCAGGUAUCGGCCAGACAUGGCUGAGGCCCUAGUCUGUGAUGACUCACUUCCUGUCUGCAGCUCUUCUCUUUCCUGAGUUCACUUGGCCAACUUGGGUGUCCCUUUCUGGGGUCGGCCAUCAAAUUUUGGCUCAUCCAGCUGGCCCUGCAACUUCCCCUGUUCCUUCUGGAGCUGAUCUUCUCUUCCCCUAUCAGCUGGGUCAACAUGCUUUGCCCCUUCAAAGGUAGAGUCUGCUCAACUGGACUGGGAGAUGUUAGCGAAGGAAUUAGCUUCCUUAGUAGCACCCUGGGGCUUUCUGUGCAGUUUGGACUUUGGAGGUGUGGGGGGGGUUGUGGAAGUGGGGGAAUUCUCUGUCAUCAAACCUAUAAUCAUCCUGAAAGCAAUCAUCCCUGGAGUUCCAGGUCUAAUCAAUUGCCUCAUCUGUCAUACCUGUCUUCAUCCUACCUCCUCUGUAGUCAUCAUGCUUAUGGUUCUCACUACCAAAUGCUCUUCUGCCACUGCCUAUCAUGAAGUCAUAUGGUCAUAGUCUCUGCUUCCUCUGACACCAAAGCUAUCCUGGCACCCAUAGUGAUCCGUUUCUCAGCAUGGGCCAUCCUGAUACUGCUCUGAAGCAUAACAAUUUCGAUUGUUGGGGAACGUCACCUUUCCUAGGUAGAUAGUUCUCAAAGCUGUAUGCAACGGGGCGGACCCUCCUGUCUGUGUCUGUUUUGUUAUCAUCUCUAUUUCUAUCUCAACAACAACAACAAAAAUCAUUUCUGUCUUCAUCCACUGCUUGAUUAGCCACGUCCACUCAGAUUCUUGUUACCUAGAGACUUCUCACUGAUACUCUGACCACUGAGUGGAGCACUCAGGUCCUCUCAUUCUCCACAGCCAAACCCUUCAACCUGUUUGGAAUGCUGGGGUCACGUGGCAAGUAGAUAGUGCUGAUACUUCAUCCUCUAAGAAUUCCUUAAUGGAGUCUUCUGACACAUCACAGCGCUGGUUCCCUAGGAAAGCAGUGUAGGAUGGUGCUUUGGGAAGGCAGCUCUAGUGAAUAUUUGGUUCCUGAGCAGCUCAUGGAGCAGUGGGAAGGAGGGCACAGUGUAUUGGAAGUACCACAUCGCCAUCCUUACAAUGGCAGGUCACCUGUUUCAUCAGCCUACCUGGCUGGGGGCAGAGGUGCUUCCUCCCCACCUUCAGCCAGAAAGCCUGUCAGGGAGGUGGCCUUCCCCAUCUUCAUCUUCCUCUUAGCUGAGGCCACCACGUUGGGAGAGGAAAAGAGAACAGGAAGGCUCUACUCACUGUUCAUUUUCAUUCAGGAACUAAACCCAUUUGGAAAGAUUAAGCAAAAAUUCAGCUUUUUGUCAAUUCUUAGCCCUCUCUUGAAGGCCCUAAAUCAGAUUAGUGAAUGAAAGUGUUUGUUUGGAGUUUUUUGUUUUCUUGUCUUUUGACUUUCUAGUGUGCAUUUUCCUGAAGCAUUUUUUUUUUUCUUUUCUUUUGAGAAGUAGACUAAACAUUCUCUGCAAUAAUGAGGUAUACAGGCAGGAGAAAACAUUUCUGGGAGGGCUGAUUUUCUAUUUUCUCUCUCCUGAUUAAGCUUUCUCCUAGCCAAAUGACUAAAUUGGGUUUCUAGGCAAACCAGCUGUCAUGGUGUGUGAUGCCUAGUAUUUAUGCAGGGCCCACUGGGGAGCCAUGUCAUGUGUCCUGUCUUUAAAUUGAGGUCAGAGUGCCUCACACACAACCCCUCCCUGGGGAGUGGAGUAGACUGGACUAGGUCGCACACACUGGCUGUCAGCUCAGUGGAAAUGUCAUGUGGGGCAUGUCACUCCUGUCACAUAGUUUGUGACCCUUGCCUGGCAGGUCAGCUUCGGUCAGCACUUCCAGGCCUGCCUCUGGAUUGAGCUAAGGGUUGGGCUUACUCACAGAAGGCUCUUAUGUCUGGCUAGAUCCUGUUCCUGAAACUGUAAACAGCCAGGAGAACCCCUUCAACUUAGCUCUGGAUUCUGCCACGCUCCCCACACCCCCAGGGAUGGCUGUAGUGUAGACAGCACACACUGAGAUUGGUGGCAAUACCCUGCCCAUCUCUACCGGGCUACCUGGAUUAGCACCGCCCAGCGGGUUGGGGUCCACUAUGGGAUAGUACUAGAAGCAGAGCAGAUGUGCCUGCUGCCUCAGGGCAGAACAGUCCGGAUUUUCAGAUCAGUAUUAUUUUUCCCAUCUUCUAACACUCACACAAACACAAAAACAAAGUCAUGAGAGCGAGAUAGAUAACUGUGCUCUGGCAAAAGAGACAGUGCUUCUUCAAUGUUUAUAACGAAAUUGCCAGACAGUGACCCUGGGCUUCAGCAGAGUCCAGCUGAGCAUUUUUUUCUUUGAUAAGCCUUCAAGUAUGCACGGCAAAAAUCAGUAAUGACUAAUCAGGAAGCAAUGGAUGAUUUUGUUGUUGUCGUCUACACUGGCUUUGAACUCACUCUGAACGGAAGCUGCCCUUGAACAUCCGGCCUCCUGAAAAGUGUUUUAUUGUAUGUUUGUUUUGCUGUGCUGGGGCUGGAACUCAGGACCUUGUGAACGCUAGGCUAGUGUUUGCCAUUGAGCUACUUACGUUCCCAAUCAGUGAAUGUUUUUUAUUUGUGUUGUUUUGUUUCAGCGAAACAAUCUGAAAAUGUAAAUGGAUAUGUAGGCUUUGAGAUUUUUUUUUAAAUAAAGAAAGCUAUCAUCCAUAA